CCGGUUCUGGAGAUCUUUAGAAGGGCGCGCACGUCGGCGUGCGGAGUACCGUGCCAGCCGCAGUCGCGAACUCAGCCGCGGCGGACUCCUGCACAUCGGCGUGCAGCAGAAGGGUUUCCAAAAUGUUACUCCACACGGUAAUGCUGUGCCAACCGGAGUUAGAAGACACGGCGUGUCCGAGUCGGGAUACACCCUGCAGUAGCUGUUCCCCUUCCCAGGCGUUCAGGGCGAAGCACUGGUCCAUGACGCGGGCAGUCGUCUCGUAUCCUAGCGCGGGGUACGGGAUCGCGGACACCACGCGACCCAGCUGACUCAUUGUGAAGCGGGACAGGGACUCCCAGCCCAGGAUGGCACGGAACAGCCGGUACUGCUCUCCAGUGGUGUACUCGUGCAGUGCGGCGGUGGCGGCAUGCCCCAAGACUACCGCCGACGGCGGCAACGACGAGUCGCCCCCCACUAAGACCAAGACGGCCACCGCCUCCGCCACCCUGACGCCUGAGGAGAUGGAGGAGCUGAUGGCGAAGGUGACCGCCGCCGCGCACCAUGCCGCCACCGCCGCACUGCACGAGUACACCACUGGAGAGCAGUACCGGCUGUUCCGUGCCAUCCUGGGCUGGGAGUCCCUGUCCCGCUUCACAAUGAGUCAGCUGGGUCGCGUGGUGUCCGCGAUCCCGUACCCCGCGCUAGGAUACGAGACGACUGCCCGCGUCAUGGACCAGUGCUUCGCCCUAAACGCCUGGGAAGGGGAACAGCUACUGCAGGGUGUAUCCCGACUCGGACACGCCGUGUCUUCUAACUCCGGUUGGCACAGCAUUACCGUGUGGAGUCCUUCUGCUGCACGCCGAUGUGCAGCAGUCCGCCGCGGCUGAGUUCGCGACUGCGGCUGGCACGGUGCUCGGCACGCCGACGUGCGCGCCCUUUCAAAGAUCUCCAGAACCGGUAUGGGGUAAUCCAAGACAGUAUUGGAGAUAGGGUACAAGCACUUUGACAGCGGGAACGCAUAUCUUAGACUGCGAGGGCACGGUCUUCGUUCGAAGGGAGGUCACAGCUGUGACGGGCUUAUUACAGUCUUUGACAAUGUGAAGUGCAUAAACGCAUGCGACUUGAACAGAUGCAACGACCAGACGUCAUGCAUGUGUGUUUUUGUGCGCGAUUGUGUCGGGAGACCCCUCGGUCACCCUGGGAGCCUCUGUCCGAGGGCUGCCCGCUCAGGCUAGAGUUGAAUGGUUGACAAGGACGUUGCAGGCUUACGUAAGAGUCCUGUCGAAGGCUACCCGCCUAAACUAGAGUUGAAUG